CCGACGGCUGCCUACGGGCUACGGACGACGGGCAUCGGGCCCUGCACCGCACCCCAGGCAUCUCCAAUUCCGACCCCAUCGAACGGACCCUGCAUCCCACGUAUUACUCCAUCUACACCAGCCACAUCCAUCCAGCAACACCCCGCAGCUACCCCGUUCCACUUCAAAUCCUAUAGCAAUACCGAUCAACACAGCUCGAAGCGUACCUGAUUUCCUCUGCCUCCGCAAACACGCAAGCAAAUAACACACCACCCAUCUCACCCCCGCACGACACCUCGGACCCCGUAGCCGCUUCCCCUACACUUACCUCCACCUGCCUCCACCUCCACCUCCACCUCUUACCUACGCCAACACCAAAAAAUAUGGGCAACAUCUGCUCGAAAUCCUCCAACUCGCCCGACGCCUUCGCCCGACCAGGUCGCGUCCUCGGCGCCGCCAACACCGACUCGGCCCCAGCCUCAACCGCAACCGCAACCCCCUCCGGCCCGCGCGCACCGCUCCCCAAAUCCACCUCUCACACAAACUGGGGAUCCGGGAAGGGAGGGAGGACAGUCGGGGCUGGGUCCGGCGGUGCGACGGCGACAUCUUCAUCGACACCGGGCACCGCGGACGCAAGGGCCAACGCUGCGUUGGCGGCGCAGAGACGCGCCGAGUCGGCCAAUCAGUCGGCCAACAAGGGGAAAUUGGGGUCGAAGUUGGCGGCCCAGAAGACGCAGACCCAGGCGCAGACGUUGAAUGAGGCGAGUCGGGCGGAGGUGGCGGCUCGGGAUGCGGAUGGGGCGGCUGAGGCGAGGCGGUGGCAAUGA